AUGCAAGCACGAUUUCCUAAUAAACGAUUAAAAUGGGAAGUCAUGUUAUUCAGUGGAUUCAGGAAUAACAUGAUACAGCAAAAUUACGAUUUUGUAUUUGACCCAAAAUCAGGUUCACAUGACUAUAAUUACGAUUUACCUCAAUGUACCAUGAGAAGAGCUCAUUCGCAGAUGAUGCGGAACGAAACACGUAGUGUUGAGUCAUUUGAUAAUGGCAUCGACAAUGGCAUCGAACCUGUG